AUGGGUAUUGACCACGGAGUACUCCGACACGGAUCAUGUUGCAACUCCGAAUCUUGGGCAAAGUGGGACAGAACCAUAUAUCGAAUGAAGCAUAAAGGAGUGGAGGAUGUUCUAUUCUUGGGAAAGUUUCAACCACGGGAAGAAGUCCGACUCGUGCCUCUUCCACGUGACGGAGGCUUCUGCAGCUCAGCUGUUGAUUCUGACAGUCCGAAUAUCUACUCUUCUUCAGUCCACCAAUCCUUUUGUAUCCUUCCUCGUCAUGCCUUUAGUUUGGGACUGGUCGAGAUCUCACGAGGAGCCAUGCUUAUUGUUGUCCUACCAUCCACGGCGUGUAAAACAUGUUGUGAGACGGACGAACUGAUCGAUUCUGAUUGCCUGACAGGCCAUGCCGUUGGUCCGGAACUGCUGAGGAAUACGAGGCUGGAUGAAGUUUUGACACCGGCCAAGCUUCAUCAGCCAUCAACCCCGUAUGACUUGGGCAUGGUGAUGCUGCAACUGAAGGCUAUGGUCGUCAUCGGCGGCUACUCAUCAUUUUCGCCUAACUAG